AUGCCUCUCAAAUCGUGGUCUUGGAGAAGCUUGCAGCUACGUAGUCUUGUGGCGUUUCUCGCAACGUUCCCCUUCCGUUACUAUCCUAUGACAAACGCUAGCCGAUAUGUCUUCGCCUUCAUGAAAGAUGAGCAGAAUUCAGGACAUGAUGAGGAAGAUUCUCUGGGUGGCCGCAUGGACAAUGACAUGCUCAAUCAUCAUUUGGGGCCGUACAUCCCAUGA